AUGGGGAAGACGAAGGCAAGCUUCAUCGCCGGCGACGAGGGAAGAGGAAGGCAUCGUCUGGCAAGGGUGAAAGGGCGAAAGGCAGAGUCGGAGAGGGAAGUGGGAUUGUGGUUGUGGGAGUGGGAAGGGUGGAAGGAGGCGUCGUCGGAAGGAGGUCGGAAGGCGAGGCGGCAGUCGGCAGAUGGCGAUGGUUGCGGCUCUCCAAGAAUCUCGGCGUUGACUGCUGAGACGAUGGACACGAGAAGAGAAGUGAGCAUUAGGGUUUUUUUUACCCUUCGAUUCGUUUUAGUCGACCCCCCUUUGGCAGUUUGGCUUGUGCGCUGCGUUUUUGCCCCUCUCCCACACGGUAUCCGGUUAAUCGGAUAA